CACAGCAUGCAGUGCUAGUGAUGAACAGACGGACCAACACUCUACACACAGCAUAACAACAGCUAGCAGCGCCGCGGUGAAGCUGAACUUGUCAACAUGGCAAACGGCAUGUGCAAAAGAGCUGUAUUUUUAGGCGCUAAUAAAUGCCCACAAUACAUCGUUGACAGUUCAGUUAUCCCAGAGAUCGGACCGGGCCAAGUCCUCGCCAGGAUUCGUCUGGCAACAAUAUGCGGCUCAGAUAUUCAUACUUUGCAGGGGAAGAGGAAAGAAGCAACACCGAGCAUUCUCGGACAUGAAGGAGUUGCAGAAAUAGUCCUGAAUGAGCGCUGUAACCCUAGCAACCUGCUUGCUGGAGACCGCGUCACGUUCUCGGUGAUUGACAGCUGCGGGGAGUGUGAGAGAUGCGCAGAGGGAAUGAAUCAGAAAUGCCACAGUAUCUUCAAGUAUGGUCAUUCAUCUCUACACGUUCGCUCAGGGCUGAGUGGGACCUACUCCUCUCAUAUCAUUCUACACAAAGGAACGCGCAUCGUGAAACUACCAGAUCAUGUGACUGACAAAAUGGCUGCCCCCAUCAACUGUGCCUUAGCAACAAUGGUGAAUGCAGUGGGAAGCUUUGAGCAUAAGAGGCCCUCGAAGAGGAGUGUACUCAUACAGGGUGCUGGAUUACUGGGGAUGUAUGGUUGUGCCUUACUUCAUGACGCUGGAUUUGGUAAGAUAUACUGCUCUGAUUUGAAUCUCAACAGACUCAAGUUGGUCUCGUUAUUCGGUGGGAUAGCUAUUCCUACAGGAAAAGAGAGAGACGUGCUACAGGAUAAUGAGAUUGAUAUCGUCAUUGAGGUGUGUGGCGUGAGUGCAGCUUUUGAUAUCGGGAUGAAACUUUUGAAGCCUGGAGGUUCUUACAUCUUAGUAGGCCUUGUGCAUCCAGAUUCACACCUUAAUGUGACUGCAGAAAGCAUCAUCAGAAAGUGCCUUACAAUUAAAGGUAUCCACAACUACGCUGAUAACCAUUUGGACGAGGCUGUGGCCUUCAUGUCCAGGACAGCCAACAAGUAUCCCUUUGAGCAACUAGUGGGUCCAGCCUUCUCACUCAAUCAGUUUGAUUCUGCCUUACAAGAAGCUGUACAGGGCCGGUUCUGCAGAGUGGCCCUGAACCCAUCUUUAGUAGAGUGAAUGUGGUAAUAAUAGUCUUGGCUCGAGACGUCAGUGGUCGAUAGUGGGGUCUCUUGUUGUACAACAAUGUGGUAAAGUUUUCUUUGUCUUCUCCCAAAACUUUCCUCAGGAUCAAAUCAGCAAGCAAUCACUGACUGUGGUUGAGCACUGAUUGGUUCUUGAGAAAAAGCUGGGGAGAAGACAAACAAAGGCAAAGUGAGGGUGGCGAUAGCACCAUGUAUAAAUCUCUUUUGAGCAGUGUUGAUUCUGAAAAGAACCAACUCAAAAAAAGAUUUUGCACAUGGUACUACCACAAACCUCACCUAGUUACAUGUAUACCCCACCAUGCAAACUUUCAAAUCCUACUGAAAGAAAAAGUCAACCUUGCUGUAGGAUUCCCAAGACGUUAGUGUGAGCAGAUCAAGUUGGUUAAAUCAUGCCAUAAGAGGGCGCUCUAUUACGAAAUAUAACAAGCGUACAUACACUAGUGAUGAUUGAUGUCUUGAGCCUAGACUACAGAGUAAAGGGCAAGAGAAUCAGACUUGCACCAGCAUUCCAUAUAAAUAUGCACCACACACAACGCACUUGAGAAGAUCACGAUUUGUUUCAGCCUGAUGAGAGACUGUACCCAACAGUUGCAUAUGACAUUGCUAUUAGUUUUCAAUCACUGUAUCCACUGAGACCAGGGCCCAAUUUCAUAGCGUUGCUAAGCACAAAAGU